CUCCCACCGACAGACCGCUGGGUUCGGAAGGCUGCUGGGUCCUUCCUCUCCCCCAAGUGCAGGCAGAGCCCCCUGGAGCCAUGGCCAGCCCUUCCGGCAGCCCCGAGGACACGGGCAAGCUCAGAGGCAGGGAUGGCCGGCAGAGGCGGGAGGAGGAGGAUGCCCCUCCGGAGGAGAAGAGGCUGAGGCUGGGGCUGGAAGGAGGAAGCGCAGCGAAGGAGGAAGGAGAAGACACGCCACGUCUGGGCAGGGAAGAGACCGGCACCCAGACAGGUGGCGAAGACAGAGGUAAUCUGCUGUCUCUGCCAUGCAGCUUGGUCGAGGGUCAGGACUACACAUCUGGAAAUUCAGUGCUCCUCCCCAGUGCCAAGAACAGUUCACAAGAUUCAGUUUCGGGAAGCCUGGCUGCCAGCGAAGCUGAGGAAACUGCUCAAAGAACUCAUGCGAGUGGAACUUACUGCUUCCUUGAUCGGACUCAGCAUUCAGAUAUCAAAGCGGACUGCAGUACCUGUGCGGAAAUAGAGGACAGAAAGGUUUCAAGACAACAGAUGAAUUGUGAAAGGGAGCAGCUAAGGGGUAAUCAGGAAGCAGCCGCUGCCCCUGACACCAUGGCUCAGCCUUAUGCUUCGGCCCAGUUUGCCCCCCCUCAGAACGGCAUCCCCGCGGAAUACACGGCCCCUCACCCCCACCCCGCGCCAGAGUACACGGGCCAGACCACCGUCCCCGAGCACACGUUAAACCUGUACCCUCCCGCCCAGCCGCACGCGGAGCAGAGCGCAGCGGACGCCGGCGCGCACACCGUGUCCGGCACCGCCACACAGACAGAUGACGCGGCACCCACGGAUGGCCAGCCCCAGACACAACCUUCUGAAAACACGGAAAACAAGUCCCAGCCCAAGCGGCUGCAUGUCUCCAACAUCCCCUUCAGGUUCCGGGAUCCCGACCUCCGACAAAUGUUUGGUCAAUUUGGUAAAAUCUUAGAUGUUGAAAUUAUUUUUAAUGAGCGAGGCUCCAAGGGAUUUGGUUUCGUAACUUUCGAAAAUAGUGCCGAUGCGGACAGGGCGAGGGAGAAAUUACACGGCACCGUGGUAGAGGGCCGUAAAAUCGAGGUAAAUAAUGCCACAGCACGUGUAAUGACAAAUAAAAAGACUGUCAACCCUUAUACAAAUGGCUGGAAAUUGAAUCCAGUUGUGGGUGCAGUCUACAGUCCCGAAUUCUAUGCAGGCACGGUGCUGUUGUGCCAGGCAAACCAGGAGGGAUCUUCCAUGUACAGUGCCCCCAGUUCACUUGUAUAUACUUCCGCAAUGCCCGGCUUCCCGUAUCCAGCCGCCACCGCCGCGGCCGCCUACCGAGGGGCGCACCUGCGAGGCCGCGGCCGCACCGUGUACAACACCUUCCGGGCCGCGGCGCCCCCGCCCCCGAUCCCGGCCUACGGCGGAGUAGUGUACCAAGAGCCUGUGUAUGGCAAUAAAUUGCUCCAGGGUGGUUACGCUGCAUACCGCUACGCCCAACCUACCCCCGCCACUGCCGCUGCCUACAGUGACAGUUACGGACGAGUUUAUGCUACCGACCCCUACCACCACACACUUGCUCCAGCCCCCACCUACGGCGUUGGUGCCAUGAAUGCUUUUGCACCCUUGACUGAUGCCAAGACUAGGAGCCAUGCUGAUGAUGUGGGUCUCGUUCUUUCUUCAUUGCAGGCUAGUAUAUACCGAGGGGGAUACAACCGUUUUGCUCCAUACUAAAUGACAAAACCAUAAAAACCUUCCAAUGUGGGGAGAAAGGAAGCUUUCCGAGGCCUGGGUAUUGCAAUACAUGCAGUAGUGCAUCAUUUUAGCAUCUAAAAAAAAAUGAUAAAAAAUAAAAAUAAAAAGAGGAAAAAAAUUACAUUUUUUAUCUUAUACCUCAGAUAUUUUGUUCUGUGUAUUUUAAUAUUGUGGGUCUUUCAUUUCUGAAGGUUCCGUAGUUCGGUUGCUGGCUGUAGGAGUUCUUGUGGUUGAUCUAGAGAGAUGCUAGCUAUGAAUCGAAACUGGUGUUAGGGCCAUAUCCAGAGUGCUAUAUCAUGUAAAUGAAUUCUAUAUGCUGAAUAUUAAAGCUACUGGGGUUAUCAGCUGUUGGGAAGAGUGUAAGUGACUACAGUAGUCAUGUUUUUUCUGCAUCUGCAUUAUUUUAUUUUAUGAAAGGGGAAGGGUGGGAGGUACCUAGGGGAUUGGGGCUGGGUUUUGGCUGAAAGAAAAAAAAAAUAGUAACUGAUGAAUCUAAACGACCCACUGCACCAACGACCAUAUAUAUAUAUAUGUAGAUAUAUUUCCCUAUAUAGAUAUAUCUACAUAGAUAUAUGUCAGUGAUUCUAAGUUACUCAUUGUCGGUUCAAGCCAAAGGUUACCUUGUUAAGGGGGUGAUGCUAGAGGCACUUUGCAUCUGAGCUGAAUGAAGCUGUGCAAACCCACCCUUUAAACCAUUCCACCCGACAGUAUUCAGCUUCUUAACCAGCCGCUAGUUAUCUAGGCAAAAAUUGCUAGUUAGGCUAUCAACGAGCAUUCUUUUUAUAUUUCUUCCAGUAUAAUAAAUUAUUGAUAUCAUUGCUGACUUUUAUAUUAUGGGAGGGAAAAAAAUAACAUUAAUAAAAAGGUGAUAAAAAGCACUGUUUCUAUUUUUUUCUUUUUUUCCAAAAAAAAAAAAAGAGAAAGUAAUAAAAACUUAAAAUUCUUUGUACCAGUUAAAAAAGACAAAUGUAUACAAUUUACAUCUGUGCAGUGGAGUUGUUCAGUUCUAGAAACAGUCUUAAUGAAGCUUUUAGUUUUAGCCGAGUAGAACAACCGUUAGAGACAGACGUAUCAUUUUUAUGGAAUCACGUGAUAAUCAUAUUCGGAUUUCUAGACGCCUUUUACAAGUAUUGCAGUCAUUGGGUAGAGGUCAUCACGGUAUUUUCAUCAGCUUGGUACUUUUUGAAACAUGUCGUUGUGUAAGCAACCUGCAAUUUUUCAGUUGGUGAGAGCCUGCCCUCCCAUCCUUCCUGGUCCCCAAGGAUUCUCUCAAAUCAGUAUCUUGAGGGUUUUUUUGUUUUUUUGUUUGUUUGUUUGUUUGUUUUUUGUCUCCAAGGCCUAGGACACUUGUCAGAAGGAAGCAAAAAAGUAGGUCCACCUUCGACAUCCCCAAAGAACAAAGUCCCCCCCCCAUCCCACACCUCUGAAGCAGGGUCAGAAAUGACAGCCGAAAAAUUGCAGUUUGUACUUCUUCUGUUGGAAGUCUUUCCAUGUUGUCCUGUUUACAAGUUAAUCUCAGUUGGGGUAUCUGUCACGGAUCUUCCUGUUUUUGUAUUGAAAUUAAAAACAAAAAAAAAAUCCUGCAGCAAGCUGUCCCCAGUAGUUUUGCUGCCAGAGUUCAAAUCUCCAUGUGUAUCGUGCAGGCCGUAUGGUGUGCACUUUAGUAAAGCUAUCAACUCACCGCUGUGAACCUGCCAAUCCGCUGUAACAACUCUGCUUUCAAACAAAACCAGACAAAACUUAAAAAAAAAAAAAAAGUGUUUGUGAUCCAGCUUCCUCUUGUCACCCUAUGUGCAUGCAAUAAGACCGGUUGGAUGUUAAACCAUCAAUAAACUUUCACAAGAUUUGAAAACAAAGUUUCUGUAGCUUCGCUAUCUAAGACAGAUCACCGUGAUCUUGAAAAAAAAAAAAAAACGCAAAAAAAAAAAAGAGAGAGAGAGAAACGGGGGAAACUGCGCCAAAAGCAGAGCAAAUAUUCUUUUCACCAGACUUAUUUGGGUGGGGGAGGGGAGGGGCAAGGGGGUGUUUUUAUAGCAUCACUAAGACAUUCUCAUCCCCCUACCUGGAAGACAGUGUUAUGACGACGACGGGUGCCUGGUUGAUGUUUUUAAGGGAAACAAUGUAUUAAAAUGCUGCAGGCAUCCUACCCGGAAGGGGAGAAAGGCGGAAGGAGCAGAGGGGUUGGGAGAAGAAAGAGAUUUCUCCCAUUUCCCUCCGAUGUCAAAAAUCCAGAAUUUGCAUUGUAUUUGGAAUCACAAACAUAGACUUCUUACUGUGUUGGUUAAAGUAAAAUUAAUUUGCAGUUUUGAUUUUCAUCGAUGAGCUGUACUUUCCCCCAUGAUUGUAUGUAGUUUUAAUAAAAUCAUUUAGAGCAAAGUGGGUGCCAACUGAUGUUGCAGAAUCUUUUGUCAGGCACUCCUCCAAGAGGCCAAUAAGUCAUUUUAAAAUGUAUGUCAGAGAUGUAAACAAACAUUUUGGAUUUUUUUAAAACAGUAUUUAUUUGGAAUGUUUUCAUUUAUCUAAAUAACUAUUGCUAUUAUGAAUUAUGGAAAAAAAAGAUUAAUAUCAUGUGUGGCAUAUAGUGACUUCUUAACACACACAUCACGCAAUCUGCAAACCCAGAAAAUGUGUAUAUCUGUCUUUAGAAAUUAGUGUUUAUAUCACUUACAGUGGUUUGUGAAUAAAGAAAACUGGUUUGUAAUAUCAAAAAAUAAAAGCUUAGUCUG